UAUUCAACAUGGAUAUUGGAUUGACGGUAGGGAUGGCGGCUGCAGCCUUCUUCGCUUGUGCUUGGUGGGCAAGUACCUAUUCAUACGACUACGCAGCCGGCGCUCCAAUCGACCCGAAGUCGCAAAUUCGCUUGCUACGACAGGAAAAUAUAGAAGGGAGAAAGACAAGGUAUAGCCUUGUUCCUAUUGCAGUAAAAGAUCUGCCCAACACACAUUACACAGCGCUUUCCUACACAUGGGGAUCAGCAUCCGGACAAAGACACAAUUUCGAACUGAGACCAGGAAAAGAAAGACUCGGCCAGAGGGUGAGAAUCACCGAGAACCUGCGUGAUUUUCUGGAGGUUUAUAAAUCGAAUACUGCGCCUGGCACGUCGGACCUGAUAUACGUGGAUGCGUUGUGUAUUAAUCAGGAGGAUAUGGAAGAGAGGAGUCAGCAGGUCCUUCUGAUGCACCAAGUUUACAGCCAUGCCAACAAAACUAUCGUCUGGCUUGGGAGAGGGAAACCCGAUGUCAAUGUCUCUCUAGCCAAUCUCCAUCGAGGUCUGGCCUCCAACAACAGAUAUCUUCCAAGUGAUUAUAAGACGGCCAUCCAAGAUAUCUGUAACCAGAAAUACUGGGAGCGUCUGUGGGUCGUACAAGAGUGCUUACUAUCCGGGAACACCGAGAUAUGGUACAGGAAGAAUUCAUUCCUCUGGCGAGACAUCGAUAUGUUGGUACAGCAAUGUGACAUUGCAAGACCAGGACGAUACAACAGGUGGACCAUGGAAAUGAAAGCGCGUAACAUCUUCGACGCGAAAAGAGAGCUUUACAGCCAGUUCACGGGGACCUUUGGGUUGACAAUGAAAGAUGCAAUACGACGCUUCGGACGACAGAAAUGCUCGGACGGGAGAGAUCAUGUAUAUGCAUUGCUUGGUAUCAUCAAAGACCUUGCAAUCGACGUGCGCUACGACGCGGAAUGGAGCUUCGAAAAAAUGAUAGAACAAGUGUUGAGGCAGGUUCUGAAAGAGAUUUGCGACGAUCCUACUACUGUAGUGGGGAAAGAAAUGGAGGACUUUCGUAGAUUUGUGGAAUUCAUGCAAAAUGAGGUUCCUCUCAGUGGUGCUGAUGCGAGAUCACUAGGAUUUGAGGCAAGUAAGAUCAACAAAGAAAUGCUCGAUCCCGUCUCGUAG